AUGUCAAAUCACAAUUAUCUACGAUUAUUCCAUGCUUCUGAAGACUAUCAAGAUUUUGGCAGCCGUUUGAAGACUAAAAUGGAAACCUUGAAGCUACGUGUAUUUUCUCCUGAGUGCGGAUGGGACUUGUCCAAUGUUGCAAGCUCAGUUAAACAGAGAGAGUUUGAUCAGAGCCUUAAAAGACUCGUUGUUUGUUGUCAAAACUGUAGCCGCAUGGAACUCAAGCUGAGAGUAGUCAGUCUCAGCAAUAAUCGAAAAUCCUGCGCCAUCAUAGAACAUGAAGGGUAA